AUGGAAUCUCCCAUCAAAAUUGACGGAUUGGACUUGAAAAAGUUGGUGGAAAGAGUUAAAGAAAUUCAAUUGGAAACACCGACAGGCAAAAAAUUAAUAAUAUUACUAGCAGGAGUUCCUGGUUCGGGGAAAUCUACGCUUUCAUGUAAGGUAGUGAAACUCUUGAAUGAAGAACAUAAUAUCAAAUCGUUGGUUUUACCUCAAGACGGGUACCAUUUAUACAGGUCGGAGUUGGCCCAGAUGCCUGACCCGGAAGAAGCAAUAACAAGAAGAGGAGCUCCAUUCACAUUCAAUGCAGAUGCAUUUUUGAAGACCGUUAGAUUAUUGAACGAUCCUACUUCAUCCAGUGAAGUCAUAAGGGCACCAUCAUUCGACCAUAAAUUGAAAGAUCCGAUCGAAGAUGAUAUUAAAAUAGACCCAGAUACCAAGGUAGUAUUCAUUGAAGGUAAUUACGUACUACUAAAAGACCCUGGAUGGUGUGAGCUCGUGGAUAUUGCGGAUGAUUCUUGGUUUGUUACUGCAAACAAGAAUCUAAUUAGAAAUAGAAUUAUCAAAAGACACUUAGAAGCAGGUAUAGCAUCAAAUGAACAAGAGGCAAUAGAUAGGGCAGAUGGCAGUGACUUGAAGAAUGCCAAAUACAUAGAAGAAAAUCUGUUUGUUCCCCAGAUCUUAAUACAGAACAAUUGA